CUUCGGUCGGCUUCGAAUCCAACUCAUCGUACAAACCGCGAUCCAAUAACCAAAGCACAACUACACAAAAAUAUUGCACCAUGUUUGGAGGGGGAGGUCGUAAGAAAAAGGAUGAAAGUCUUUCACAGGCGAUGAAGCCGGAAAACCCGCCGUCAGGUGGUGGAAGCGUAACUGGAUUCGACCCUGAGGGUCUCGAACGUGCGGCGAAGGCCGCUAGGGAUCUAGAUAACAGUCGGAACGCAUCCGCAGCAAUCGAGCUGAUCAAGACACAGGAGGCUACGAAGCAGCAUGAAGCAGCGGCGAAGAGAGCCGAAAUGGAUGCAUAUGCGCAGCAACUGCGUGCUCAGAGUAUCGAGAAAGAAGCCGACGAGGCACGCAAAACCCUCGAUGCACAAACUCAACACGAACAGCGUCGAGCCGAGUACCAAGAUCAACUGGAACGCAAGCGCCAAGUUGAUAUGCUUAAUGCGCAAAAGUACAUGCAAGAGGAGCAGCUCAAAAAACAAGAAGAGAUGGUUGCACGCCAAGAGGAGAUGCGUCGUAAAACAGCGCAGUAUGAGGCUGAGCUCCGGACGAAGACCGAAAUUGCUAAAGCAAAAGCCGAAGCUGAGGGACGGAUCGCGCAGGAGCGUCAGAACCAUGAUCUCAUUUUGGAUAAAGUUCGUCUCGAAGCCUCCGAAAGCCGCGAUACAGUUUUGAAAGCAAUCCAAGAUGGCGGCAAGCUUCUUGGAGAAGGACUUUCUAGCUAUCUUAAUGAUACCGAGAAACUCCGAAACACUGCGUUGACGAUAACUGGCAUCGCCGUCGGGGUGUAUGCUGCACGGACAAGUAUUGGUAUCACUGGUCGUUUCGUUGAAGCACGUUUGGGAAAGCCGAGUUUGGUUCGUGAGACUUCACGAAUGACUGUCUCGCAAUUUUUUACCAGCCCUGUAGCAUCUAGUCGGCGGAUAUUGGGGAUAGGCGUACACGAGCAAGAUGCCUUGAAAGGUAUCGUUUUAGAAGAUUCCCUCGAUACUCAGCUUCGCAAAGUGGCGGUAUCGACGGCUCACACCAAAAAGAAUCGUGCCCCUUUCCGUCACCUGCUACUUCAUGGCCCCCCUGGGACGGGGAAGACCAUGUUCGCACGACAACUCGCGCAGCAUUCUGGACUGGACUAUGCUGUUUUAACAGGUGGUGAUAUUGCUCCACUAGGACGGGAAGCCGUCACUGAACUUCACAAAUUGUUCGAUUGGGCCAAAACAAGCCGACGCGGUCUACUACUUUUCGUCGAUGAAGCCGAUGCUUUCUUACAGUCCCGUGAAAACUCUCGUAUUUCGGAGGAUCAGCGCAACGCAUUGAACGCGUUUUUGUUUCGAACCGGUACAGAAAGUGAUCAGUUUAUGAUGGUGUAUGCGAGCAACCAGCCUGCUCAGUUCGACGAAGCUGUCAUGGAUCGUAUCGAUGAAAUGGUAGAAUUUGACUUGCCAGGACCACACGAGCGGCGAAAGAUGAUCGCCGUUUAUAUCGAUAAGUACUUAUUGAACCCACCAAAUCGCUGGACGAGAAAGGUAGAAACUAUCGACAUUGGAGACGCAGAGAUUGAAGAAGUUGUCCGCGAAACGGAAGGUUUCUCUGGUCGCGCAAUAUCCAAGCUCGCUAUUGCCUGGCAGGCCGCCGCUUACGGAACGGACGGUGCCAUCCUUGAUCGCGAAACAUUUUUCAAGACGAUUUCAUGCGGAAUCAAGCUGUAAAAGUCGUUAUCUGCUUGAAUAUCCAGAGUAAUACGACAAAGGCAAUCUUCCUUUGCAGUCAACAGGUAAAGUAGUGAUACUCGUAGACUCUUUUCAAUGAAAAGAUUCACGCUAUUGUUCGAGGCAUCUGCAGACAAAGUCAAUGUCACAGAAUUGUAAAGAUACUUCCAUGUUUGCCCAAACUGUGGACUGUUCACAUCAAUCUUAACAUGCGCUGACGCAGUUUGGUCAAAUUCAAAGGUGGCAGUCGUAUAGAACCGCUUAUCGACGGCUAGGACGAGACCAGUAUUGGGGGACUCCAGCACCAAAUAGCCACCGGCCAGAAGAAUCUUACCCGGCGCAGAAACUGUCACCUUCUUUAUAGAGGUCAGCAUGGACACCACACUAUCAUUAAGCUUGACCAAUCUCGACCAAAUAUCGAUUUGUUCACAGUCACU